GACACAUAUAAAUAGUCAACGCAUCAGUCUGUAUUUGCUGUGUUGGGAUAUUUUGAAGGACACAUAUGGAGAAUCCAGGAUUGUUUUAAUUCUUAAAAAAAAAAAAAAAGGUAUAAAGAUGGCAACGGCAUCAGCGAGACGCUUGUCGGAACGUCGGCGGAGCUCACUUUUCCAGACUUGCGACGAAGAAGACAGGGGGAAAAUGACGAGGACAGACGACGACUCUUCCACUUUAACGGAUGUCGGCUGUGGCAGCGGAACAUUCCCAGAUCACAAAGAUGGAGAGGAGAUUGUUUGUAUCAAACAGACUGUCAAAGCCAGCGUGAUGAGCGCAGAGGAGCGCGAGCGUCUGCGCGCACUCUUCCACGUUUACGACACGGACCAGUCGGGCAGCAUCGAGCGCGACGAGUUCUUCACCAUCUGCACCGAGCUGCAGGUCAGCCCCAGCGAGGCCGAGCGCGUCUUCAACCGGCUGGACGUGGACAAGGACGGCACCAUCACGCUGCCGGAGUUCAUCCGCGGCUUCCACGAGCGGCACCGCAUGGACGCCCAGCGGGGGCCGAGACAGGAGGAGGAGAAGGAGGAGGGGGAGGAGGGGGACCACCGGGAGCCGCGCGCCGCCGCCGCCGCCGCCGCCGCCUGGCAGGACUUCGCCGCCCGGCUGGGCGAGCAGAUCAAGUUUAUUCCCAAACACGAGCAAGUGUUGACGUUGUACCAGAACAUCAGCGUGAAUGAGCCCAGGCUCGUCCCUCAGCUGGAGAAAAUCCUGUUGAGUUUCACCAAGGAGAUCAAACAGCAGAAUGCCGAGAUGGAGAACCUGGCGCUGGCCAUCAGGCGAGCGCAGGAUCAAGCGUCCAUGCAGCUGAGCGAGAUGGAGGAGGAGAUGGACCAACGUAUCCAAACCACGGAGAGGAAAGCACGUGAGCAGGAGAAAAAGCGAGGGGAGGCGGAACUUGGCGAGGUGCGAAGAACCUAUGAGAUAGAAGUGUGUGAGCUCCAGUGUAAGAUCCAAAGGAUGCAAAAGAUUGAGGAGAAGUACAAGAACAUCACAGUGAAGGACGAGAGUCCGGCCCUGAAGAAGAAAAUCAACGAGCUGACGUUGGAGAAUCAGCGCUUUAAACAGGAGCUGCUCAAGUCUCAGACCAAAGUGGCGUGUCUGCAGAGUGACCUGGACUCACUCAAGACCGAGCUCACCGACCAGAGCAUCAACUCUGAAAGAGACGAGGAGCUGAUGAAGCAGUUUUCGGACGAACGAGACAUCCUGGAGAGCCAGAUUGAGAUCCUGCAGGAGGCGAACAGGAAGCUCCACGACAGCAACGACGGCCUGAGAGCUGCUUUAGAGAGGGCCACCAAGUCAAGUAGCAGCGGGUCUUCCGGCACCACAAAGGGCAGAAACAGAAGCAAAAGCAUCGGCUACCCGUCGCCGUACACUCUGGACAGGUUGUGCCAGCGCCCCGACGACUACCCCGUUUUCGGCCGCCGGCCCAGCAGCGAAUCGCUGGCCCUGGCGCUGUGCGACCCGGGCCUGCAGCGGCGGAACAGCAGCGAGUGCGAGGAGGACAGCCUGCCCGAGAUCUACAUGGACAGCGGCCUGUCCACGCUGCGAGGCUCGCACGGCGGCUACGACUCGGAGCAGGAGGUCAAAGGCCUGGAAGAGGAGGAGGAGGAGAAGGUGGAGGCGGAGGGGAGGCUGACAGAGAAAAGGGAGGAGUUUGUCAGCAAAACCUUGUUUGAGGAGACCUCUGACGCUGAUCCGGCAGAGACGCAGGACGGAGAGUCAGCGUUUGGCUCGGACAGGAGCUCCGUUCUGGACUGGAAGCCGUCCGAGUCCGUUCGGCCACCCGCGGCCGCGACCCCGCCCGCCCCCGUCGCUCCCCACGCCCGAAAAGCCGUCAGCGCCAUCAGUGUGCGGAGCGAGGACAAGGACAGCGGCGACCUGGGCGACAUGACGUCCAAGAAGGCCUACAGGAUCGUCAUGGCCGGAGACGCCGCCGUAGGCAAGUCCAGCUUCCUGCUGCGCCUCUGCAAGAACGAGUUCCAACCCACCUCCAGCGCAACCGUGGGCGUUGAUUUCCAAAUGAAGACUUUCAUGGUGGAAGGAGAGCCCACUCUGUUACAAAUUUGGGACACUGCCGGACAGGAGAGAUUCCGCAGCAUCGCCAAGUCUUACUUCCGGCGAGCGGACGGCGUGCUGCUGCUGUACGACGUGACGUGCGAGAGGAGCUUCCUAAACGUGAGGGAGUGGGUGGACAUGAUCGAGGACACGUCUCAGGAGGACAUCCCCAUCAUGCUGGUUGGCAACAAAUGUGACCGGAGGCAAGGGGCACCCUACUGUGUGCCCACCAGUUACGGCGAGAAACUGGCUAUGACUUACAACACUUUGUUCUGUGAAACCAGCGCCAAAGAUGGCUCCAACAUCCUGGAAGCUGUGCUGCAUCUUGCUCGGGAGGUGAGCAAACACGCAAAGCUCGACGAGCAAAGUCACUGCCAGGCGCUGCCCAACUUAGACGCGCCGAGGAAAAACCCCAACUUCUCCUGCUGUAACUGAACGACCCAUUUAAAAAAAAAAAAAACAUUUUUAAUCGAGAUAAACAAAAUGCAGCAAAAGGAACAAAACAAACUUUGUGGCUGUGAAGACAUCUGAAGUGACACUGGAAGUACAGCAGAGCACAACUGCAACCUGCGUCAUUCAUUGGAAAAUGACAGCGCCUACUGAACUUUUGGAACUUUUGUCUUCAUCUCAUGUUGCUAUUAGCUCAUUCGCCAUCAUUUUCCGCACUUUGCAGAUCCGACAGAUGAGAUGUGAACGCUUUAAGACAGAUGUGAAAUGUUUUUUUAAGGUGAACUUAGUAUGUGACACAUUGUUUUUUUUUUUUUGUGGAAGGAUAAGGCUGCAUUUGAUUAUUUUAUGGCAAUGAGCUCAAAUUUCAGUUGCACAGGAGCUAAUUGUCUGCAAUUUUACACUUUAAAAAAAUGUCUUACUCAACCUACUGCUGAUGUGAUUGUUGCCCAACAGUGUUACACUAAUUUUAGUGAUGAUUUCAGACUUUAGCAAGUGGAAAGAUGGAUGCUUUUUCCCUUUAUGCUUAUUUAUCAUAUAUUGCUGUUAAUGUGUUAAAAUGUAAAAUAAUAAUACAAAUAUCUGAG